AUGUCCUUUCUUUCAUCGAGCUUCAUAGGACUAACAUGCAUAUUGAGCAGCAAAAGAAGUUUUUGGACUUUUAGAUUAAUCUCUUUUUAAUCCCUAUUUGAAUGCAUAGAUUUGGCCUUAGCAUUUAUUUAUAAUAGAUUCUUUAUGUAACAGGAGACUUUAGAAAAAUAAUGCAAUAUAAUCGGAUACAUAAUGCAUUCAAGUUGGCUCUCAUCAUUUUGUUGCUGCCUCUUAAUAAUCUAUUAGUUGAGAUUAUUAUUAAAGGUUGAUAAUUUGUACGAAACUUUAUCUAAAAAUUUAUUUAAAGUAAUAUUUUUAUUUUGGAUUACUUCGUAUCUUUGGUUACUUUUUCCAUUUUUAUAAGAUGAAUUUAUUCCAACAGGAUGGAACUCUUUUAAAAAGGAUUGCAUAUAAUACUUUUUUUGUGGGUUUAGCAAAAGCUGGAAAAUCUAUUUAAUAUUCUGGACAAUUCCUUAAAUAAUUAUUUUUGUGAGUGGAAUCAUCAUAGCAAGAAAAAAUCAAAAAUUAGCUGCAAUCCAUCUAUCCACAUUUUAAGAUGAAGAAUUUGAAAUUAUCUAACAUCUUUAAGUAUUUCCUAUAAUAUAUGGAUUAGCUUGGUUCGUUAAUUAAAUCAUAAGAUAUACUGAUAUUAUAGAUGUUUUUGUUAAAUGGAUUGUAUUCAAUGAUUGGCCUUACGCUUUUUAUGUCUUAUUUAAUUUAAUUUUUGAAUUGCAUUUAAUUAUAGUUUUAGGUUUUUUUCUCUACAAUUACAACUUUUAGCCAGGUGUUGAACAUAAAGUAAAUUUGGCUUUCUGCUUUGUGCUGCCAAAAAAAGGUUGA